AUGCGACCUAGGGAAUUGGAAAAAUGGCUGACCUAUUGGGUCGUUUUCGCGUUCGUCAACAUUGGCGAGCUUUUCAGCGACAACCUGCUCUGGUGGUUCCCUUACUAUUGGUUCAUGAAGAAUAGAAGUAAAGAGCAGCUUGUAUUUCAUUCAGCCUCCCCGGCAUCCAAAGGAAUUUACGCUUCAAGCUCUCAAGGAACGAAGCCGCCUUCGUCGAAUUUGGACAAACAGGGCUCCAACAGUGGCACAACCAGUCACCGACCAGGUGCAGGAAGCUCUGCUAAUCCUCGAAUCAUCUCGAAUCAGGAUUCUGCACUCGACAAAACCCCGAUAGAAAUCGACCAUGGUGCUGGUGGGCCAGGAACUGUGGAUGCGGGCUCUGUGACUGAAAACCGUGUUCUAUAUCUGAGUCCACUGAAGGACGGUGGAGUCGAUCAGUCGGGCAAUUUGCUGCCAGGCUCUGUGGCUUCAGCGCAAGAGCCUGGAAUCGAUGAGAAUAAGACGCGUGUCAUUGAAGACCCAAUUGACAGGGUGAUUCGGGAUUGGCAGGAGUCGCCAGCUGGUGGCUCCAGGCCCAGAGCGUGAGAUCUUGAACUAUUGAGAAGAGCUGCGUCCAGCACCUGAUGAUAAGCACAUCACUGCCAGGAAUUUCAUGAAAUUGGAUUAACCGAAAAUUCUUUGGAUGUGUUCAAACACAAAAAAACUCCGUCCUGAAGAUAAAUAAAGCCUCAUUUUAUCAAAAUGAAUA